GCAAACAUCCUCAGGGCCCGCUACCGUCUCGAACAGCAGGUCAGAACCAUGGCCACUGUACUUGAAAAGAAAGAGGGGUUCAAGAUUCCUGAUGGGGCCUGGCACAAUGUGAUUGCGCCCGAUGGACCUUAUCUUCCCAAGGCUGGACGAUAUCAUCUGUAUAUCGGACUCUUCUGUCCCUUUGCUCACCGCGCAAACCUCAUCCGUCAUCUGAAAGGCCUGACGGACAUGAUCGACAUUUCCAUCGUCAAGCCCUACCCCAAAGGCGACGAGAACGGUUGGCCAGGAUGGAAAUUCCCUACGUCGAACGAGGAGUACCCCAGUGCGACGGUAGACAAAAUCUUUGGCGAGGAUUACAUGCACAAGAUCUACUUCAGGGCGGAUAAAGACUACAAAGGACGGUACAGUGUGCCAGUCUUGUGGGACAAAGAGACAAACACGAUCGUAAACAACGAAUCCCAUGAGAUCCUCCGCUUCCUCAAUACCGCCUUCAACACCAUCCUCCCCGAUCCUUACGCCUCCAAAGACUUCUACCCAACCCAUCUCCGUUCCCGCAUCGAUGAGUUUAGCCAAUGGAUGCAACGUGACCUCAAUACAGGCGUCUACAAAGCCGGUUUUGCCAACGAUCAAGAAGCGUAUGAUAAAGCCGUCAUCGCACCCUUCGACGCUCUAAACGAACUCGAGAAGAUCAUCUCCGAGUCAGGAGGCCCGUAUAUCUUGGGCAAAGAGCUGACGGAGGUCGAUCUGAGACUGUACCCGACCCUGAUCCGUUUCGACACGGUGUACGUGCAGCACUUCAAGUGCAAUCUGGGCACGAUCAGACAUGAUUACCCGUGGCUGAACAACUGGAUGAGGAACUUGUAUUGGAACGUUGAGGGGUUCAAAGAGACCACGGAUUUUAAGCACAUCAAGGAGAACUACACGAAAAGCCAUUACGACAUCAAUCCAAAGGCUAUCACCCCGAUGGGUCCUAUUCCUGAUGUAGAGGAAGGAGUGGAGGACUGGUCCAGGCUGAGGGUUGGUGCGGUGAUGCUGCCGAACAGCACGCAGUGAUCGCUUGA